CUCUACACAAGCAUAGACUUCAAAACAACUUUUCAACAAACAAUCCUCAUCUCCCUUCGGACAGAACUGACUUCAAUCUCUCCCCUGAAUCUAUGUAAUGAUUCACACUCUCUAGUCCAUCUAUCUUUUCACACACACCCAACCAAACUAACAGAUCUCUACAAUACUUGAAUUCAUUGUACCUAGAUUUAUGUCUCGAGCUCCCAACUAUGAGUUUCAAGAAUGGUGGAACAAUCAAAGAGACAGCCACUUGGGAAGUGGUUAUGACACCAAAUCUUUGAAUUCGAACCAUACCCAUUUGACUUUAGAGGUUUCUAACCCGACCCAUGAUCGAAUCUUGGAGAAAGAACGCACUAGAAGUGCUAGACAAUUGUCUUGGCUUUAUAUCUUGAAGUUUCAGCAGAUUGCUCAUUCAUUUGCUUAUAUAACCAAUGCUUUUAUCUCGAUUCUUGGGACAGCGAAGCGUCGGUUGAGUUCGAAUCACUCGGGUGAUGUUGGUCCUGAAUCUAGGAGGCUUUAUAGGGUGAUUAAGUUUUUUUUAGUGAUUGUUGUUUUGUUGUUAGUGUUUGAGCUUGUUGCGUAUUUUAAGGGGUGGCAUUUUAGUCCACCAUUGGUUAAAUCCGAGGUUGAAGAUUUGGUUGAGCAUGUUUAUGCGAAGUGGCUUGAGAUUAGGGCGGUUUACUUGGCGCCGAUGCUUCAAAGUUUGAUUAAUGUUUGUAUAGUGUUGUUCAUGGUUCAGUCUGUGGAUCGGAUGGUUAUGGUGUUUGGAUGCUUUUGGAUUAAGUUUCGGGGGAUUAAGCCGGUUGCUGAGAUCGAGUAUUUAGAUGAGGGGGAUAAUGUGAUUGUUGAGAAUUAUCCUAUGGUUCUGGUGCAAAUUCCAAUGUGUAAUGAAAGAGAGGUUUACCACCAAUCAAUUGGAGCAGUGUGUGUACAGGAUUGGCCGAGGGAAAGAAUGCUUAUUCAGGUGUUGGAUGAUUCUGAUGAUUUGGAUGUUCAAAGUCUUAUCAAGGCAGAGGUGCAUAAAUGGCAACAGAGGGGUGUACGCAUACUGUACCGACAUCGACUUAUUCGCACAGGCUAUAAAGCAGGAAAUCUUAAAUCUGCAAUGAGUUGUGACUAUGUCAAAGAUUACGAGUUUGUGGCAAUUUUUGAUGCAGAUUUUCAACCAUCACCAGAUUUCUUGAAAAAAACCAUUCCUUACUUCAAGGGGAAAGAAGACCUGGGAUUAGUUCAAACAAGGUGGUCUUUUGUGAACAAGGAUGAAAAUUUGCUCACAAGAUUGCAGUAUAUUAAUUUAGCUUUUCACUUUGAGGUGGAACAACAAGUAAAUGGAGUUUUCAUCAACUUUUUUGGUUUUAAUGGAACUGCUGGAGUAUGGAGAAUUAAGGCCCUCGAGGACUGUGGUGGCUGGCUAGAACGAACUACAGUUGAAGACAUGGACAUUGCUGUCCGUGCACACCUUUGUGGAUGGAAGUUUAUAUAUUUGAAUGAUGUUAAGUGCCUAUGCGAACUUCCAGAAUCUUACGAGGCAUACAAGAAGCAGCAGCAUCGCUGGCAUUCGGGUCCAAUGCAGCUGUUUCGUUUGUGCUUUCUUGACAUUAUCCGUUCUAAGAUAAGUUUGGCCAAGAAAACCAAUUUGAUAUUUCUCUUCUUUCUCUUGCGGAAGCUGAUCCUGCCCUUCUAUUCGUUCACCCUCUUCUGUAUUAUUCUCCCUUUAACCAUGUUCCUGCCAGAAGCUGAGUUGCCGGCUUGGGUAGUUUGUUAUGUUCCUGGAGUCAUGUCUCUCCUCAACAUUCUUCCAGCGCCCCGUUCAUUUCCCUUUAUUGUUCCCUACCUCUUGUUUGAGAACACUAUGUCUGUGACAAAAUUCAAUGCCAUGAUAUCCGGACUGUUUCAGCUAGGAAGUUCUUAUGAAUGGAUAGUUACUAAGAAAUUGGGCAGAUCCUCGGAAGCUGACCUGGUUGCUUUCGCCGAGAAGGAAGCUGAGAUUCCUGGAGAAAGUCCAAAUAUGCACAAGUCGUCCUCAGAAUCAGGUCUUGCAGAACUGACCAAAUUAGAGAUGUCCAAGAGCAUGAAGAAGAAAAGAAGAAAUCGUUUAUAUAGAAAGGAACUUGCUUUGGCAAUUAUUUUGUUACUUGCUGCUGUCAGAAGCUUGUUAUCUGCCCAGGGCAUACAUUUUUACUUCCUAUUGUUUCAAGGGGUCACAUUUCUUGUUGUUGGCCUCGACUUAAUUGGGGAACAGGUAAGCUAAUCCUCCUUUUGGCUGCCCCUGUUGAGCACUGAAAGCUUUCUACAUUUUUUUUUCACACAAUGGAGUUCGAUAAGAAAAGGGUCACAUGCCCAGCCUUCAAAAACACCAUUGACUGCGGUACCAGAGAUGAGCAAGCUCACCCUGUCUGUGACUAUAGCGCCUAUAUCACCCUGUCAAGGGGUGCAUUUACUUCAAAACUGAUGUGCAGGUUCCUUUUUUCUUUAAAUUAUUGCUGUUAAAAAAUAUGAGCAGAAUUGUUUCAGUCCUAUAGAUCAAGACUUCAGAUACAGCCAGAGCUAUAAGCUCUCCCAAACUGUUUGUUUGAUAAUUUAAUACCGCCGUAGAACUGGCCUCUGUAAAUGGUGUAAUCAUUUUCUUAUAUGUGAUCGAAUUCCAUUUUCCAGUGUAA